CAGUAUUCAUGUACUCUCAGCAAAGUGUCUCUUAGUCGAGAACAUCCGCUGGCAAUAAGAUACAUAUCACAGACUCAAGUCCCAAGUCCAACAUGGCGGACAAGGAGGCGUCCUCGAAGGCUACGUCUGCGAAACUAGGUCCACAAAGAAGCCUUAGAAAGAGGCGAAAAGAGCUUCGUCACAGAGCUCAAAGUCUCGUUGAAGGAGCUACUGAUCCUUGGGAAGAUGUGGAAGAGUACGAAACAGAUAUCCCCGAGGGCGAAGAAGAUGAAUUUAUUGACGAGGAAACCGCUGAAUGCGCUGAAGAAGUUAUUGAAUUUACCUACACCAUAAGAGAACUUGGAGCAGAAAUGAUCCUAGGAUAUGUUUGGUGGUCACUAAUCCAUGGAAUAGCCCCAAUGAUUUGGUUUUAUCCACUGAAUGAACUUGAAAUAUCUGGUUAUGAAGCAUUUGUGGUGACAAUUCUUUCGCCAAUAUUUACUGGAAUCAGUGCCAUGCUUCACUUUUCUGGUACCAUUCAUGGCCUAGCCUUUUGGCGAGUUCUUUCUUUAGUGGGUGUAGCUUCUUUUCAAGCUCCAUCAACCCUUGUUAGAUUGAUAAUGUUGGCAGUUGGCUGUGGAACGGGCAUGCUGUGGUUCUGUGGAAUGAUAUGGUCUAAAGAUCCAAAAGAAAGGGUGCUCUCCUUUUGGGGCCUUAUCCUAGGUUUCUUUCUGUUGUUGUUGCUACGUAUUGCAUACAUCACUGUCAACCCAAUCUGGUCUGAUGUCACCAGCAACAGGGUUAUUCUUCUCGUCGCUGUUAUUUCCAUACUGGAUAGAGUCUACACUAGCUACAUGAUGUCAGUCACUCAACCAAGAGCCCAAUCCAAGUCAUCAAUUGAACCCCAAGAUGCUAGGGUCACUGGUCCAGGGUGGUUCUUGGUGGCAUUAGGAUUUGGUGCAUUGAUGUUCCUUACUCAUGAUGUGUUUGGGGAGGUGUCACUUGUAUGCCGCUGGGCUGUUUCUGGCUAUCCAGACACAGGACCUAAACCUAACCCAUGGGGUGCAGCUGUUAUCAUUGCUCUUGGCAUAGGAGUCAUUCUGUCACGCUACCAGUGGACAAGCAAUGUGUUCUGGUGGCUGAUUGGUUCCACUGGUGCAGCAUUGCUUUACUUUGCUCCUCGGUAUUGGUCAAUGAUUGGUGGUCUCUUGCUCUCCAUAUACACCAUGUCCAUUUGGCCAGCUAUGACUGAUAGGCUGUUUUGUCGACCUGUUGGGCGUACGCUGACCCUGGCCAACCUUGUUUACAUUAUCCUUGUUUUGGGCUCAGUGUGGGUUGUGGCUUAUAACUUUGUUCCUGGAGGAGAAUAUACAAGAGAAAAGACCCAUGUAUUGCUGGGAAUUACAAUGGUCCUCAUUGGAUUUGCGUUGAGAACAAAGUCAACUCCAGAUGUUAAAGAAGCAUAUGGUAAAAUAAAGAAGGAAGAAAAUGCAAAGGAUGGUGAAAAAUCCUCCCAUGGUCGUCUGGUGAUGAAAUUCAAUAACGUGGCCUUUCUUGAAGAACAUGGUGAUAGGUUUUGGUUCUUUAAGACUCAUGUCAUACCAGUUCUUGUUGGUGUUAUUGUGUUAGCUGUUAUCCUGAUGGCAGUAAGAUUUCACAGAUUAGAAUACUCCCAACAACACAAGGAAGACUCUAAUGUGUUUUCAGCUAUGAUCUGGACUGUUCAUUUCGCAUAUGAUAAUGUUGGAUGGCCAAGCUUUGAGAGAGCAGCACAGAUGAUCAAUGAUACCAAUGCUGAUGUAGUCGGAUUUUUGGAAAGUGACUGUUCUAAGCCAUAUCUGGGAAAUCAUGACUUGGCCAUGUGGUUUGAGGAGAGACUGGGAAUGUACUCAGAUUUUGGUGCAUCCACCAGGGAUCACACAUGGGGUGCCACACUACUCUCUAAGUACCCAAUAGUGAAAUCCCUUCAUCACUUACUUCCUUCUCCAGAAGGAGAAUUGGCUCCAGCUUUGAGUGCAACCAUCAACGUUACUGGUAACUUGGUAGAUUUUGUGUUGGUUCACAUGGGAAACGAUCGGGAUAACUUGGAUCGAAAACUUCAAGCUCAAGAGCUAGCCAGAAUUUUGGAUGAGAGUGUAAACCCUGUGGUGUUUCUGGGGUAUGUAACCUCAUCACCCCGCAGUCGUGAUUACCGCGUGCUGACGGAGAAGGGACGAACGAAGGACAUCGAUGCGACAGAUUCUCACCGCUGGUGCGAGUACAUUAUGUACCGCGGGCUCGUACGUCUAGGAUAUGCUCGAAUUUCCCACGGAGGACUCAGCGACACCGAGGUGCAAAUGGCCAAAUUUCGUAUUCUCCCACCAGGGACAACAUACCAGGAUAAUGAAAUCCUCACAACGAGUCCCAAAGAUGUCCCGGAGAACAUAAGAUUUCCUAACAGGUUUGGUGCGUUUUACGAAGGACAUUAUUCUGCUUGGCGACAUCACUAUCACAUGUCAACUCCGAAAUAUUUUCUGCCGGCGAAGAAAGAGAAUACGAGCUAAGCUGGCUUAAAUAAACAUUAAAGAAUAGAGUGCUGCUUAACGAAGUCUCAGGAAGACGUAAAAGAGGUGUUUUGAAGGCGUCAUCUGUGUGUAAAUUGCGAUGUGAAACUGUUAAAAGAGUCGGGAAUCUCUGAGCGCGCUGAAAAUCAAGAACAAAUGAAUGUACGACUGUUGGUUCCCAAUUUGCACAUCGAACAUUCUGGAGAGAAGGGCAGGCUAAGUUAUAUUAGAAAAAGCUGAUUUGUGUGGCAUCCUUGUGUGGAAGUAGAAGAUCAUGACUCGAGAUGCCCUGUUUACGAUGCAUAAGUCUGAGAGACAUCAGGGACAAGUAAACUAUGGCUAGCUAGCAAACCGGAUAGGAGUACCCAGCGGUUAAUGUCAGUGACUGGGUACUUUGGCCUCUUUUUUAAAACGAGGCCAGGUGCGCGGCCAUUCUUGUGAAAAUGAGAUUAAUGUUUUGGUGAAUUAAAAUUUAUUAUCAUAUGAAA